GAAUAUAGUAAUUGAAUUUGACGAUAUCAAUGAAAUUGAAUAAUUAAUUGAAGUCAGGCCAAGUCUCUGUCAAACGGUCUUACUAAGACUAAUUUAAUAUUUAUAUUUCACCAUACAAUUAUAUUAUUAACUUAUAUUAAAAUUACUAAAAGUAUCAAUACUUAAAAUUACUAUUAAAAUGUCGUACAAUUUCGAGAAUAUGAGUGUGAAUGAAAUAUUUGAUUUAUACCGUCAAUGGCGUGAAAAUAAUGAAAGGAGAAGCGAAGAUAUCAUUAACACGUAUUUACAACAUUCUAUUGAUGAAAACGCUCUUCAAAAACUCGGAACUGAAAAAUAUGUCAUAAUCGAGCAAAUUAUCUAUGCAGCACUGGAUUGUCACUAUUAUAGUUUAGCUAAAAUGUGGACAUUGAAACUCAACGAUGAGUUUCCCAAUAGCCUUCGAGUCCUGAGAUAUAGAGUUUUAUGCUUAGAAGCAGAGGGCCAAUAUAAAAAAGCUAGUAGUGAAUUAGAAAAUAUCACAUCAAUACAUAAAACGCAAGCACCAGCCUGUAAGCGAUUCGUUACCAUCUACAAGGCUAUGGGACUCUUACCCGAAGCUAUCAAGGAACUGGUGUUUUAUUUGAAACAAUUCAUAUCUGAUGUGGAAGCUUGGCAGGAGUUGUGCGAGAUGUACUUGGUAAUCCAGGAGUACUCGAAGGCAGCUUUCUGUGCUGAAGAACAGAUCCUCCAUAGUCCUCAUCAUCACUUGUUGCACCAGCGUCUUGCUGAUAUACGGUACACUAUGGGUGGAGUUGAAAACAUGGAACUGGCGAAGACAUACUACUGCCAGGCAUUAAAACUGAACCCAGAUAACAUGCGAGCUUUGUUGGGAUUGUUCUUAGUAACAAAUAACCUGCUGGGCCAAUACAAGUCAUCUGGUAGUACAAAACGCAAAGAAAUAUGGAAGCUGUCCCAAUGGGUACAAUCAGAGAUAUCAAAGAGACAAAAGAAAGCCAAAACUCCAGCCUCCGUACCCACUCUUACUAACCUAAUGCUAACUUUGGCUAUAACGGAAUAGUCAAAAAAAACAUUAUUUACAUUAAGGUUCUAGUAUGAAGUUUAACUAUUUUACUCAUUGUAAUAUUUUAUAUACAAAUUAUUCAAUGUCAAUAUGAAAAGUUAUACGUGGGAUUACUGAACAAUGUCAUCUCAUAUACACAUGUAAAUAUAAUAGUUAAAAAAUAAUUACACAUAUAACCGAACCAAUACAUUGCAGCGUCUUAAACGCCCGUGGAAAUUAAAUAUCAAUACAAGUAAUGUGCAAUGUUUUGAAUAUAAUGUUUUAGUAGAAAUAUCCAUACAGAUAUAUGUUAAUUAUAUGUAGACUAUGUAAGAGUGAAUACCAUUAUCUUAGUUACGUGUUUGUAUAAUCUGUAGGGGCAGGGUGGGUAUCAGUCUGUGUACGGUAAUAUAAUUAUUAUAUGACAAAA